AUGGAAGGGCAGUACCCACCAUCGAUGCCACCGAUGGGCGUCUUUUAUCCUACGGGAUAUCCUCCGAUGAUGCCACCCGAGGCCUUACAACCAAGGCUACAUCAACUACAAACCUUGUCCCUGGAGAGCCUUGGUAGCUAUUCUGACUACGAAGAUCCGAACCGCGCAAUGCUGCCACCACAGCAACCACCACGCUCACGACGACGACAACCACAGGGCGCAGAGCACGUAAAACACCGUCGUACUCGAAGUGGCUGCUAUACAUGUCGCCAAAGAAGAGUCAAGUGCGAUGAGACUCAUCCAGUCUGUGAACGAUGCCGUAAAGGUAAACGAGAGUGUACCUAUCCUGGAAGCACAUCAUCCUCGACGAAGCCACCCAGGACCGGUAGCAGGUCGAAGGACUCGCCCGGAGGAUCGAGUCCGACUGACAGCGAAGAGGAUAUCGACGAGAAAGUUCCGCUGUCUGCGAUACCAGACGAAAAUGACGACGACGACAUUGGCGACGAGCCGCAAUCGGCCGUGUCCGACAUGCGCAAGCAGAACAACGUCCCUCCCUCCGCAGAGGCUUUGAGCGCUUCACCAUCGAUCGACUCUCCCACACGUACUGCGCCAAGUCGUCCGCAUCCUGUGCGAACAUCCUCGAAGCAGCCGCUGGGACCAGAGAUCUUGCAGAGUAGACGGUGGGCAACUUUACCCAAGGACGUAAAGUACUACCUAAGGUACCACCGAGAACACAUGUCGCAUCACCACUAUGCGUUCAAGUACGAUGGCGGCGACUUCCUCAACACGACUUUCUUGGAGAUCGCGAUGAAUGACAGUAGCGCAGCGCUGCUGUACUCGAUCGUUGCUUUCGCUGCAUACCAUCACUCAAUCGCUCGCAACGACGACAAGAUAUCGAUGUUUCUGUCAUAUUACAACAAAGCAAUUGCGUAUCUGCAACGGUCUCUCAAGAAUAAACGUCACAACGUUGCAACUCUGCUGACAAUACUUCAGCUUGCAACCAUUGAGGAGUUCUUGGGCGAUUGGGUCAACCUGCUAGGGCAUCAGAAAGCUGCGCUACAGAUACUCACAGACUUGUUCACUCCGCAGACGAUCAUGCAGGACGAGACUCGGCGGAAAAUUAUCAACUGGUACAUUCGAUUCGAUCUGUUCGCCGGUAUGAUGUCUGGGGGAGAGACGGCGUUGGGUAGGGACUGGUUCGCAGCGGCAGCCGACUUCUACACACGCCAGACGAGAGAUCGACCGCACGACUUGGGUGCACGAUUCGAGGAGUACUUCGCAACAUCGCGGCUGCUAGCUACAGAUGUAGCGCUACUGUUCGCUGCGAAGACUCAGGACAAAAUCAGUGACGAGGAAUUCAUGGGCAGCAUACAACAUCUGUCGAUAGCCUUUGCAGAGUUUGGCAGGACCAUCGAGACGGCAUUCACAGACCCUUCGUGCUUUGUCAGGGACUUUCCACGAGCAUCAGCACCGUAUCAAGACGACCUGUUCAAUUACCGAGACCCGAAUUUCCUCUACGCUGGGGAGCUGUCCACGAUGAAUUUCGUCUUGCUGGAUCAUUGGGCUAUUGAGUUGAUGUUCAAGUAUCAAGUCACCAUGGCGACUGGACAAGCACGAUCACCCGAGCUCACCGACUUGGCACUGAAGAAGGGUAAGAUGUUUGAGGCUAUUCAAUACGGAGAGCAGAGUGGAGUUGCGGCUGUACUUGGCUGUCAGGCAAGCCUGGGCAUCCUUGCGCUGUUCUUACCCAAAGACCAGCGACACACUAUGUGGUGCAGGAAGAAGUUCGCCGGUAUCGAGCAGUUGGGCUACAUAUAUCCCAGCACCUACCGACAACGCAUGUCCGUUCUAUGGGGCAUCGACGCCACUGAAUGGUGGCUCCCCAACAACGAAGGCUACCUGGCCAGCAUCCGCACAAUCAGAGACUUCGUCCACUACCGCGCAACAAAGCCGUCAGACGCCUUCGCGACUGGUAUUCGAGACAUGAACGGCAUUUUCCGCACGCUGCAUAUAGAGGAGCAGGGCAUAGCAAACGGACUGGGAACGGCAGAUACCGAGAGCAGUCUGAGUCCUUGGCGCCAGGAGAGCAGUCCAGAACAGCCUUGGAAUGGUUGA